AUGAUUUCAUCAAGACCGCAGAUCAUAUCAAAUGAGGAAUCAAAGCGUCUGAAUGCGGUGGAGUCGAGCUUCCAAGACGCGGAAUCAAUAGCAAAAGCAAUAGGGAACGCCAGCAAAGUGGUAGUGACGAUAGGUCCAGGAGAGAACGGGCCCACAGCAGAGGUCACCCCAUUGGACGCCUUACAAGUGAUCCAAGCAGCUGAUCUGGCUGGCGUUGGCCACGUGGCCAUAAUCUACGACGAGAGUCCCUUCGUGUCAUCCACAUACAAUGUGAUUGACGGCAUCUCAACCUUCUUCAACAACCUCUUUUCCCGAUCUCAGCCGUUGACGGUGACGGAGUUUUUGCAGAAGGUGGUGGAAACCGACGUCAGCUACACUCUCAUAAGAACCAACCUUACGGAGGACUUCUCACCGGAGAGUUCGUACAACGUGGUGGUGUCAGCUGAAGGAAGCGUCAGUUCAAACGACUACAAAGUGGCCACGUCGCAGAUAGCGUCGCUGGUGGCGAACGUUUUCUCCAACACCGCCGUCGCAGAAAAUAAGGUUGUGAAAGUUUUUACUGAUCCUGGAGCGCCAUCAAAGCCUGCGGUGGAGCUUUUCAGUGCCAUUCCUAAGGAUGGAAGGAGGGAAGCCUACGCAGAAGCACUGGCCAAGGCAAAAGCAGAGGAAGAAGCACUUAAAGCCACUGAGAAAGCCCGUGAAGCAGCCGAGGCUGCAAAGAAGCUUGAACAAGAGGUGAAAAAGCUCUCAGAGCAAGAAACCCGUGCUGCUACUCUGGCUGAUGAGGCCAAAGAGAAGGCCGAGGCUGCUGGGGCUUCUGUGGAGGUCUUCUUGAGUAAAGCCAAAGACCUUGGCUCUGGACUCUCCUGGGAAAAGUUCAGCUCCCAGCUUGCCAUUUCUGUUCAAAAGCCCACUGAGAAACCUAAAGUGCAGAUUGCAACUGUCAGGGGACAGGCCAAGGCUCGGUCCCUCCAGCCAAAGAAAGCAGUUGUCAAACUGCCCACUUUUCCAAGACCCCCGGCUUUCAAACCCAAGGAGGAGCCAAAGCCUAAAGGUAAACAACCCGAAUCAAAGGCAGAAGUGAGGAAGGUGUUUGGAGGCCUGUUUAAACAAGAAACCAUAUACAUUGACGAUGACUGA